GCUGUGGUACGUCUUUUGCCAGAACACUUACUACAGCCCAGUCUAUGACUUGAAAACAAUUAGAUCCAAAUGAAAUAAUCUGUAGUCCUUUUAUGGUAAAUAUUAUAUUCUUAGAGCAAAAAUGCUUCCAAGCUUGGUAAUGCUGCUCACGCUCAUCUAUUGCACCUCUGGAGAAAAUCCUGCUAUGCAAGUCAUCCUGACCAACAAAGGACUUCAGUACGGAAAGCACGUGACUGCAGGAUGGAUUCAAGAGACGUUGGAACAUGCCACGCUGCCCGAUAUUAGUGGGAAAAUAAACUUUGCCUUCCUGGUCAACAUACACUACACCUUUUCAGGUGUCACAAUAAGAAAGUGUGACUUUCCAGAACCAUCUGUUGAAUUCUACCAAGACACCUCUGGUUUCAAGAUGUCCAUAACAGGUCUCAACGUUGCAUUUACAGGUGGCUGGGAGGCCCAUUGUUGGUUCAUACAUAGAGGUGGCUCUUUUGACAUGGCUUUGUUUGGAGUGGACCUGGUUUCCAUAGUGCAGCUGGGGAGGGACACUGACGGGCAUCUGUCUUUAACUAGCGUGAACUGCACCGCAGAAACGGGCAAUGUUGACUUACAUUUCUAUGGCGAAAGAAGCUGGGUUCUAAGACAUUUGGAGAGCCGAAUCAAGGACCGGAUUAAAGAUCAACUGCCAACCAUGAUAUGCUCUGCUCUGGAGGAAGUCAUUGCAAACCUGGAGAACUAUCUUAAGGACAUGAAAGUCAACUUCCCGCUGGAUGAAGACGUCACUCUGGAUUUGCCUCUAACUGGCCUGCCUCUUGUUGAGAUGACAAAUCUUCAACUUGGACUCAAGGGCGAAAUCUACAGUAUCAAAAGCCCAAAGGAGCCUCCAUUUCAGGCUCAACCUUUCACCGUACCGCAACAGCCAGGUUACAUGCUAUCUAUAGGUUUAUCUGACUUUACAGCCAACUCAGCUUCCUUCAGCUACUUCUCAUCUGAUUUACUGCAGGCCUUCAUCAAUGACAGCAUGAUACCCCCAUUUUUUCCCGUGCGCCUCAACACAACUUCCAUGGGCCCCUUUAUUCCGCAGCUCCCCGAGAUGUUUCCAGACUUGAUGAUGUUACUGCAGAUUUAUGCCACAGACAUUCCAAUGUUUUCCUUUCACUCCGGGGCUGUCAUGCUGAGCAUGCAGGGUGCGGUUAAGGCCUUUGCCAUCCAGCACACCAGACUGGCACCGCUAUUUAAACUCCAUGUGAACUCCAAUUUCAGUGGCAAAGCAUGGGUCGCCGAUGGACGGCUGAAGGGCUCGGUAACAAUGCAAAACUUCACUCUGAGUCUGAGAGCAAGUGAGAUUGGACCCUUUAAGAUUGAUGGUUUGAAAAACUUGGCUUUGGCGCUAAUGCAAAUAGUCGUUUUGCCACAACUGAAUGACAAACUUGCCACGGGCUUUGCUUUACCUCGAACACUACACGCACAGCUGGUGAACUCAGUUCUCACCGUGGAAGAGGGAUUUGUUGCUUUCUCUUCCGAUGCUGAGCUCAUGACCAGUGACACAAUAUUCAGCUGAACACAAUGUUGGCCGUUCCUUAUGACUCAUGUUGAAACCCAAUGCACUUAAUGCGCUUUUAAUUUUUUAUGCCUACACAUAAUGCUGCAAACUGUAGAGAUACAGUAGAUCAUAUUUCUCAAUGAUUGUAGUUCUUAAAGACAUUCUUUCAUUCUACACCAUGUGAAUCAAGGUUGCUGAAAAUUGACCUACUCCAACUAACAUUGUACCAGAAAUCAUAACAAAUACAAUAAAAACUACA